AUGGCAAAUAUAAAUAAAACACUUGGGGGCCGGGGUAGAAGUGAGCAGGAAGAAGCUAGCAAGUGUACAGCUCUGGGGAUGUUCUGGUGCGCACACAAACUCUAUAGGCAUGAUCUGGGACUCCGGAGCGUGGGUGAGCGCUACAACAGAGUGACAGCUGGGCACCUCUGGAGCAGCCGGGCAGGGGAUAUACCGCCUGGCCCCGCCCCGGCCGCUGCCGACCAAUCGCAGCGCGCUUGGCCGCGCGGCCGGCCCCGGGAACCACGGCGGGGAGGGGAGGAUGCUACACCCCGGCCUGCGGCGCAGCCAGCGAGGAGAACCUGCCGCUGCUUCCUUCCCCUCCGCCCUCCGAGCCCGGUCUGGGAGUCCGGCGGGGCAGGGGAGGAGGAAGUUGCGCCCCAGCUGGGACAGCAGCAGGUGGGAAGCUCCGCGGCCGGGCUUUUGCGGCUGCCUAAUUGCAGCCUGGCCUUUGGGCAAAGCUUCCUACCCCUUUCCGAGCCCCACACUUCCCGUUUUCUGUCCUCCGUGGCGGCUGUGCCGUGCGUGUAUCCCAAGGGGCUUGCGGGGUGCCUGUGUCCGGGCGAAACGCUGGCAGCGGUGGAGGCUUCCACCUCAGCCGGGGCGCCUCUUCCUCUCCCCUUCCCUCCCACCCUAGAGCCCCCACGUCCCUCACAACCCCCGCGGAACCAGCGGUGCGCGGAGGAGCCGCGAAUUCAAUGGGGAAAGGGACCGCGACCGGCGCGCAGAACCCAGCUGGAUUUAGACGCGCGCAAGUGUUGCAACUGCCUAACCGCUUGGCUCUUCCUUCUCCCGACUGUUGGUGAAAUUACUUACAAGCGCCUAGACUGCUCUGGAGGGUGAACGACUAGUUCCCUCUCUCAGUGUCCGCCCUCAGUUUCUUUUUCCACCAGCGCCCGGCACGCUCUGCUGAUCUAAAAUCAGAGCAAUUAAAGAGUAAUGAAUUCUCUGGAACGGCAACUCCUACAGGCACUCAGCUCUGCCCUCGCACCAGCGCCUCCCAGCCCUCAUUCCCAGCAACCAGGCAAGAGCAUGUAGACCCUUUCAAAAGCUAUGUCAACGUCAGUGUUAACCGGUCCGGAUCCUCGAACUUUACAGAUUAAACCGCGCGCGCGCGUGUGUGUGCGUGUGUGUGUAUGUGUGUGUAAAUUGGGGUGGUGCAUAAAUCUGAGUACUUUGGUGUCCUAGUGAAGCUUUGCUCUCAAAGGACACAGUAUAUUUAGGUGUCUCUUCCUUAACACUCAGUUUGAAAUCCC